GCUCGACACUCUUGAAAAUUGUCUUCUUUCUGCCCACCCAACAGCCAUCCUGAUUGGGGAAAAAGGCAUCGUUCAGAAGAAUUAAGAAAACUCCGAAUCGGCUGCCUGAUCUUCAGACAUAUAAAAGGAGGUUUGAUUUGAUAAGCCCGUUUCCGGCACCGGGGCUGGGAGACGUGUGGAAGCGAUCGGUCGGAGGAGCUUUAGGGAUAAGUCAAACUUGUCCCCCCACCUACCAUAGAUGCCGGAGGAGGACUUGGUGGACAUAAAGUUCAGGCUGUACGAUGGCACCGAUAUGGGCCCGUUUCGGUACUCUUCUGCCUCCACCGUCGAUAUGCUUAAGCAAAGGGUUGUCUCCGAUUGGCCCAAAGGUAAAACAAUCAUGCCAAAGGCAGCGAAUGAAGUGAAACUGAUUACUUCCGGCAAAAUCUUGGAAAACAACAAGUCCGUCGGUCAGUGUAGAAUGCCUUUUGCUGAUAAUGGCGGGGGUGUUGUUAUAAUGCACGUUGUCGUACAGCCUUCUUUGGCAAAGACUAAAACAGAAAAGAAGAUUGAAGAUUCAUCUCGGAAGAUUGUCUGCUCGUGUUCCAUACUGUGAAAGCAAACUGUGAGGGGUUGGUGAACAGUUUACCCUUGUAUCCAAACUUUAGCUGCAGAAGAAGCAUUCUGUGUCUGUUGCGGCCUUCAUCGAUUACAAGUUUAUGUUGUUGAUGAUGUGUUCAUUAAAAAGCUGUGUAGUUGAUGACCCUAAAGUUGUCUUUCCAGCUGAAGGUUUGAAAGGGUUGGCAGCAUCCACUGGCGGCCUCUGAUUUCUACUACUAUGGAUUAAGCACUUUCUUUUGUUUUCUUUUUAAUAUUUCCUCUGGCCUUUUCCCGUGUCAUUUCAAAUCCGUUCUUGAGUCUGUCUGAAAGAUUGUCAUAGUACCGCAAAGCUGUAUACAUCUGUCUAUGUAACGACGACGUCUGAAAUGAAAUUUCAAUGAGAAACGUCCGUCUGGUGAAGCUUCGAUUCUUUUUAUCGUCGGUUUUGUUCUGAGAAUGAUUUAAGAUUGAUGAUCAAGGAUUUAUUUUUCCUUA